AGCCAGUCGUGUUUUUCCCCUCGCCGAGCUCACUCUCUCUCAUCCUCUGCUCUGACUCUCUCGCGUGCUCUGUGGCUCAGCAGACAGACGAGACCUCUCCUCUCUUGCGCCUCUUCUUUUCUCUCACCUCGUCUUGUCUGUUGUUUCAUUGAAUCCUCUUCCUUUAUCUUUUUUUUUAAUUAUUUGUUUUUAUUUCUCUUUCUCCCCCCUUCGCCCUGUGCCAGGGGCAUUAGUGGGGGUCCCAGAGAGAAAGAGAGUGUGUGUGUGUGUGUGUGAGUGAGUGUGUGUGUGUUGGGAGGUUUCGGCAUGGAAGCAGUGGCACUUUAUACGUUUCGUGCCACAGAGGGGGAUGAACUCAGUUUCAACAAGGGAGACUUGCUCAAGAUCACCAACAUGGAGGAUGAUCCUAACUGGUACACAGCUGAGCUCCACAACAGAAAAGGCUUUGUGCCCAAAAACUACAUCAACCUGCGGCCACACGCCUGGUUUGCCGGUCGUAUAUCUCGCGGUGUGGCAGAAAGUCGACUCAGACACAGGGAGUGUGGGGCGUUUCUGGUCAGAGAGAGUGAGAGCGCACCUGGAGAGUUCUCCAUGUCCGUCAGUUAUGGGGACCAUGUUCAGCAUUUCAAGGUGCUGCAGGAUCGCUGCUGUCAGUACUACGUGUGGGACGAGCUCUUCUCCUCUCUGAAUGAGCUGGUGGAGUUCUACCAUAGCAACAGCAUCGCUAAGGAGAGGACCGUCUUUCUGAGAGACCCCGAGCACUUCGCCAGGCGUCCUCAUCACGCCCACGCUCUCUUCGACUUCACCCCCCACCACCCAUCCCAGCUACGCUUCCUGCGUGGCGACGUCAUUGAACUCAUUGACUGCUCCGAUUCGCUGCGCUGGAGGGGCCGUUGCCAUGGACAUGUGGGCUACUUCCCCCCUGAGUACGUCCAGCCCAUUUACCACUGCCAGUGACCUGGCACGUCAAACACAGAGCCAUUCCUACAGGUUCAUCGAUGAGCUGUCUUGACCCCACCCUUCACACUGCUCCCCUGCGCUGCACCUGCCCAUUCACUUUUGGAGAACUGACGAGCCGCAACUGAAUGCCUCGUUAUGUAACUGCCUCCUCCCAUUUCCCCUGUGAUAACCCCACCUGUCAAUCACAAGCCUCGCCCAAUCCGCUGCUACAGGCUCAUCAAUGGCUUCCACCUGAUCUCAUAACUCCACUUAUUCUUUCAUUAUGUAAUAAAAAAAUGAAGAUAUGGACCUAUACACUGUGGAGAACUCAUACAUACAUACACACACACACACACACACACACACACACACACACACACACACACACACACAGACUGACAAACCCACUCACACAGCCCCAGGCAUAAUCAUUUAUUAGAGCUUAUCAGCACUGGUGCAGGCUAAAUAAAAGCAACACACACACCUGAUGAAAAAAGGAAGGAGUGUGUGAGACCCAUGGGAGGCUGUGGAGGAAGGGCGAGGUUUUCUCCGCUGAAGAUGAGUCAGGAUUUGCUCCAGUACUUUGCUGCCGUUCCCACGAAGAGAUCCGGUGAGCUUAGCAGAGAGACACAGAGAGUCAUUGUGAAUAUUUGGGGCAGACACUCCGAGGAUACUGACACAGCAGAUUCCUCUCUCGCUGGGCGGGUGUGUGUGUGUGUGUGUCUGCGGAGGAGUUUGUGGGUCUGAACAAAUGUAACUGCAAACUUUAUGUAUGUGUCUGUUUAUUGUGUGCUAAGGGAAAGUGAAUGAGUGUGUGUAUGUGUGUGUAUAUAUGUGUGUGUGCUCUGUGGACCAGUACAGGAGGUUACUGUGUGUAAGUGACCAGUGAGAUAAACACUGCCCAGACGACACUUUGUUUUAAAGCACACCGCUUGAAAUGUAAUUUGCUCAACUCAAUUUAGGAACCGUUUGUUUGUUUGUUUGUUUCCAUGUAUUUAUUCUUAUUCAUGUGUAAUCUUAGAAUACAUACAGUAUAUUACGAGUAAUAAAAAACAUUGUAUAAAGGUUUUUGUUUCUGUUGCAACGAAUAGUUUAAGAUGCCACAUUUUAUGUGAUGAACAGUGAGAAGUUGGACCGGUCUUCCUUAACAUGUAAUGACAAAUCAUUUAAAUAAAGUGAUACAUUUACCUCUUUGAA